AUGAGCUUAUAUGACAAUAUCAAAUUUGUUGUCCUAGAAGGAGCAACUUCAUCAGACAAACCAUAUAUCUCUAGAGAAUAUUUACACAAACCACCAAUAUUCAAUGAGUCUGUAAUCAAUAAACCAAAAACAAUUUUAGAAGGAGAAAAGGGAAUAAAAGAGUUAAGGGCAGGAUAUCUUUCAUACUGGAAUCUCAUUAAUCAAAAGAAAAGAGAAGCAGAUAACAACUACCUUAUUAAGAACGAAGCAAGGAUAAAAGAACUUAAAUAA